CUUAGUAGAAACCUUAUUCUGCUCUGGCUGCUCAAAGAUCCUUGGCAGCAUCUACAGGUGCACCUCGAGGAGCCUGGACUACAAGAGAGAUUUGUUCUGUUUCACUAUUGACUCCAUUGAAAGCUACAUCCUAGGCACCCCGGGAAAGCAAGCUGUCAUCCAUGAGCAACCACUCACUCUGGAAAGUCAAGCUGUCUUGGAAGAGGUGCUGGAAAGGGUGAGAUUUAACCUCAUA